AUGACAGAACAAAUUAAAGGACUAAAUGCCAAAAUAGGCAGAAUUCAGAGAGAUAUUAAAGCCGAUGAUGACACUCAGCCUUUACAAUGGGAUAAGGAGGGCAACAAACAUUUUUUAAGAUAUUUGAAAAAGAUGGAAGUUUGCGACCAAGAAACCAACACGACCGAAACAUUUAAAUUUUGA